AUGUCCCAAAAAGAAGUGCAAAAUAUGCAACUAAUCCAAGAGUUGGAAAUAGAAAUGAUGGCGGAUAUGUACAAUAGACUGACUGCAACUUGUCACAAGAAAUGUGUUCCUCCAGUCUAUGGAGAUGCGGAAAUAGCAAAAGGUGAAGCUGUGUGUUUGGACAGAUGUGUUGCUAAGUUUCUAGAUAUCCAUGAACGCAUUGGCAAAAAACUGGGCCAAAUGUCUAUGCAAGAUGAAGCUUUGUUGAAGAAGUAGUAUGUUACCGAGUUUAGUAGUUGUUAUAAUUGUUCUGUGGUAUUUUAGUUUUGUUUAAAUAAAUAGUUGAAACAAA